GCGAUUUCAACCACGUGAUCAGAGAGCUGUUAGCGCAGCCAUCAUUUCACCUAAUUCAUGUCCAGCCUGAAACGCUGCUAUGAGGUAAAGCGAAGAGGGGGACGAUAGAGGAGGGGGGAGAGAGACAGACAGACGGACGGACGGACGGACGGACGGACAUGGAGUAGGUCUACGCGUCGAAGCCUCACCUCGUCUCAUCCAGCCUUCAUCCCAUUUACGCCGCAUAACAAGUUAACAGAUAGGUGGGUUUAAACCAAUACCUGACCAGACCCCGUCUGUCAAGGGGACACAAGCCUGCCCCCUGAUUUGAACUGCACAGUGGAGGAGGGUUGGCUGAGGCUGAUUUGCUCCCCUCCUUUUUCUUUGAAUUGAGGAGGUGGAGGAGGAGGUAGGUACUCUUACAAACACGGAGCAUGGGGCAAAAGGUCCCAGGUGGCAUUAAAACCAUUGACAUGCGGGACCCGGCAUUCAGUCCCCUCAAGCUGGAGCUGCAGGCCCUGAACCACACCAAGCCGUCUCGGCUGGAUCUGCUGCUAGACAUGCCGCCUGCCAACCUGGACAUCCAGGUGCAGCACUCAUGGAACAAUGAUGACCGCUCCAUCAACAUCUUUGUCAAGGAUGACAACAAGCUAGUGUUUCACAGGCACCCUGUGGCCCAGAGCACUGAUGCCAUCCGCGGCCGUGUUGGCUACACCCGCGGACUGCACGUCUGGGAGAUCAGCUGGGCCAUGCGCCAGAGGGGCACACAUGCUGUGGUAGGGGUAGCCACAGGUGAUGCCCCGCUACACUCGGUGGGCUACACAGCCCUGGUAGGAAACAAUACUGAGUCAUGGGGCUGGGACCUGUGCCGGAGUAAACUCUACCACGAUGGCAAGAACCACCCUGGGAAAACCUACCCAAAUUUCCUGGAGCCUGACGACUCCUUCAUAAUACCUGACUCUUUCCUCGUAGUCUUGGACAUGGAUGAGGGGACUCUUGGUUACAUAGUGGACGGACAGUAUCUAGGGGUGGCAUUCCGAGGACUUAAGGGCAGGAAGCUUUAUCCAGUGGUGAGCGCCGUGUGGGGACACUGUGAAAUACGCAUUCGGUACAUAAAUGGUCUUGAUCCUGAGCCUCUCCCCCUGAUGGACCUGUGCAGGCGAGCCGUCCGGGUGGCUCUGGGGCGAGAACGUCUGAGUGAAAUCCACGGUCUUCCCCUACCAGCCUCUCUCAAGAACUACCUGCUCUACCAAUGACUGAGUUGAUAAUCGCAACACAGAGCACACUCUCGCCUCUUCCUUAUAUUCCUCUGGGAUCCUAAUGGGGUUGAACCUGUUUUUUGAUAGCAUUACACUCCAGCCUCUACGACUGACGCGACAAAACUGCAGUCAAUAGCAAAUGUCUUUCAUGUUUUGCACUGUGCUUCAGCGACGGUGGCUGGACUCCCUCUUCUUGGUUCUCUUAUCUUAUUUUAAAUCUUUCAUCUCGGUUAUAUUUUGGGACGUUUUUUAAAAAAAAAAUUCAGGACUCAACUGAACUCUAUGCACAUGCUGGUCCCAACGAUCUCCCAACAGUCACCACUUUGGUGUGCUUCCUCUUGUUGGCUUGGUGAAAUGGGAUAUUUUGUCAAUACCUCUGCUGUGACCUCCAGACCUCUUAAAUGAUUAUGAAAUUGUCUCCAAUAGCCUUUUUAAAUUGAAAUGUAAUGAUUUGUUGUGCUAAUAAAACUGAUGUCUGUAAAAAUUGGACUCAAGCUUUGAGGUUGUGCACUUGUCAUGUCUGACCACAAGAGAGCAGCGUACACACACCUCGACAUAUACAUUUCCCCCAAUUGAUUAUCACAAGAUUAAGUCCUUGUUACUUUAAGAAAGAAACAGAAUCUUGUUUAUUUCAAAUGUACUAUAAUGCUGCUGCUCAGACAAAACUCAAAAGUGAUGCUGACCACUCCACUGUGAGUGAUGGGGAAUGCAGUGUUUGGUAGCUCGAGAGAGAAUUCGAAGUUGCAGAUGUAGUAUGACUCUUUCGGACUCACCAGCUGUGACCCCAUCCCUCUCGCCGUUGUGUUUUAACUCUCUCCCCUUUGCACUCUGCACUAUCAGGUCUCUAAUAUGGAAGUGCCUGUUUGUUCACUGUGGGAGCAUCAGGUUGGACCAUCAUUAGAAGAUAUUUUUACAGAAGGAUAUUGUCACUGUGAUCAUUUGUAGCAUACAUCUGCGGGAAAUUUCUCUCAAAAUCACAGCAGGCCUAAUUCAUCAAUCGCUUGUACAUACAAAUUUGUUCUUACCUAUGGAAUUUUUUUUAGCUCUCAAGAUUAUAUGACAGUACGAAGCAAAGCCUGAUGGUUAUUUACAUUUCCUUCCCCCUAACAUCUAUUGUCUUGCAACUUGCAAUUACCCAGGCUUGCAAAGACAUCAGUGUUAGACAAUUGGUGUCUAAAUUCAGGGGUUACCCAGGUUCUACACUAGUGUCUGAGACAAACUUCAGAAAUCCCAUGGUUGUGUAAGAACACAUUUGUAUGUAAGAACCAUUGAUGAACAAGGUCCUACGUCUUCAACUUAUUUGUCACUCCAUGCUUCUUGCCCUAUAUUUGUAGUGUUUGCGUUAGCACUCGUAAAGGGAAUGGCUUUGGGAGCAUAAUGAAAAUGAAUGGUAUGGUGCCUUUAUAAAAAUCAGUAACCAUUUAGUUUUAAGGCAUUGGAAUGGCAGGACAUGACAAUCCAGCAAGUGCUGCAUCCGUCUGAUACAGAGAGGGUCAAAUUGCCAACACACAGUCCAAUGCCAUAUCACAAAUAUGUUCACUCUACUUUUUAAACAUGCAGAUGUAGUCCUUGUUUCGCACUGGACUGGAUAUGGACGCAUUGUGCCACAUUUUGUUUUUCUGUCUUGCUUGCGAAAGGCUGUUUGUAUUCCUCUGUGUAGAUUUGUUUUUAAGUA